AUUUUUGCUCAGAAUUACCUCAAAAACUUCUACAACUUCUCCACGAAUGUCAGGGGCAGAAGCGGCAGCCAAUUUGAUAUGAAGAUUAGAGAAUUGCAAACAUUCUUUCAUCUUGAUGUGACUGGAAUUCUGAACAAAGAUACAAUGGAAGAAAUGAAGAAACCUCGUUGUGGAGUAUCUGAUAUUGGGGAGUAUAGUGUCUUCCGAGGCAGACCAAAAUGGAACAAAAACGAUAUCAAAUACAGCAUAGAGAAUUAUACACCAGAUAUGAAGAGGAGUGAUGUGGACAUUAUUCUACAGAGAGCUUUGAAACUGUGGAGUGAUGUUACACCACUGAGAUUUACAAGAUCAAGUUCAAGCCAGGCAGACAUUAAGAUUUCUUUCUCUUCCAGAGAUCACGGAGACGGACAUCCAUUUGAUGGACCUACUGGGAUAUUAGCACAUGCCUUUUCUCCAUCAUCGGGACUUGGAGGUGACACUCACUUUGAUUUAGAUGAAAGAUGGACGAAAGAUUCCAGGGAUUUCAACUUGUUCCUUGUGGCGGGUCAUGAAUUUGGCCAUGCUCUGGGACUCGAUCACUCAAAUGACAGAAAGGCUUUGAUGUUUCCCACCUAUUUGUAUGUGAACACAAAUGGAUACAAGCUUCCAGCUGAUGAUGUUAGAGGGAUCCAAUCUAUAUAUGGACCUCCAACUUCUGCUCCAGUGCCAAAACCACCCAUCACACCAAGGCCACCUAAAUGCAAUCCAAAACUGUCCAUUGAUGCUGCCACUAAACUAAAAGGAGAUACUUUGUUUUUCAAAGAUAUAUCUUAUGUCAGGAAGAAUUCAAGGACUUCGAAAGUGGUGACAGGAUUUAUCAAAUCCACAUGGCCAACUGUCCCAUCAAGUAUUGAUGCAGCUUUUGAAUUUUCGCAGGGAUAUGCUUUGCUUUUCAAAGGAUCGAAAUACUGGGCAAUCAGUGGCAACUCUGUACUCCGCGGUUUUCCUAGGAGUAUUUCUGACUUCAACAUUCCACAAAAUGUUCGUAAAAUAGAUGCUGCAGUUCGCAUUUCAGCAAAAAGAAAAAUUCUGUUUUUUGUGGGAAAUAGAUACUGGAGUUAUGAUGAAUGUAGAAGGCAAAUGGACCCUGGGUAUCCAAGACUGAUAGCUGGUGACUUUAAAGGUUUCAGAAGUAAAGUGGAUGCAGUUUUCCACAAUGAUGGUUUGCUUUACGUGUCUAGUGGGUCGGUUCUGUAUGAGUACUGGUACUUUCAGUGUUAUGAUGAACGUAGAAGGCAAAUGGACCCUGGGUAUCCAAGACUGAUAGCUGGUGACUUUAAAGGUUUCAGAAGUAAAGUGGAUGCAAUUUUCCACAAUGAUGCUUUGCUUUACGUUUAUGAUGAACGUAGAUGGCAAAUGGACUGUGGGUAUCCAAGACUGAUAGCUGGUGACUUUAAAGAUUUCAGAAAUAAAGUGGAUGCAGUUUUCCACAAUGAUGCUUUGCUUUACGUGUCGAGUGAGUCGGUUCUGUAUGAGUUCUGGUACUUUCAGUAG